CUCUGUGGUAGUUGUGUGUGUCUGGUUGUGACCUUCUUGUUGGUUUUGGAAUUUUUCUUGGCUUUAAAGUUGUGUGUUACGGUCUGUGUGAAAAAACUGUUCUACUAAAUGGUGAUAGUAAUCUUGAAGGUUCUGAGUUUGGCCAGUUACAUACUUGUUAAUUAAUAAUGUCUUGAAUACGUCGUUCUGGCAGAAGAUCUUCUGCGGAUUGCUGUCCAGUCAGAUUCAACUAUUUGUUAUGAAACAUGGUCUUAGAAAAUUUAUGGGUUGACUCGGGUGAAGUUAGUGAAACUCCCGUAGACAUACAUUCAUUACCUGCUGCGCCCCCAGAGAGUAUGUCUUUAUUUGGAACUCCACCGUACCCUCCAAUAGGUGAUGAUUUGUCAUCAACAUCACAUGACAGAACUUCAAGUUCAUCCCAGAAAGACCUUUCUCGUGUUCACACAGAGACAGGUGAUGGAUAUGAAGAGGAGGAUGAUGAAGACUUAAAUGACAGGUAUAUUGACUGGAAUGAUACAUCCUCUAAAUUAAAAUGUGAUGAUGAUGAUGGAACUGAAUACAGCAACACUAUGUGGUCGGGUACAUUUGGUCCAUUCAAUGUUGACUACAUGAAAUGUGGAAGCUCUUUAGACAGAGUAAUUCAACAGGCCUCCAUGCCAUCAGCCCCUCCACCUCCCUCUCCUACUUUUCCAGAAGAUGAAAAUGGAUCAUUAUGCCUACCACUCGGGCUUGAUACACUCUUAUCAAAUGGAGAUCCUUUAGAGGAUGUCAAGGAUUCUGCUGCAGUCCCUGGUGUAUGUGGUCUAAGAAAUUUGGGGAAUACUUGCUUUAUGUCAGCUGGUCUUCAGUGUCUUUCAAACACACCUACUAUUUUGCAUUAUUUUGGUGCACGGCCCCUGUUGGAUAAAUUACCAGCUGAAUCUUUAACAGCUCAGUUUUCUGCUCUUCUUCAACGGAUGUGGAGUGGGGAAAACCGUGUUGUGCACCCAAUUGAGUUUAAACAAGCUCUAGGUGUCCAUUUUCCUCAAUUUCAGGAUUAUAGACAGCAUGACUGCCAGGAAUUUCUUGCAUUGCUGCUGGAUAGUCUUCAUGAACAGCUUAACUCGGCUGGGCAAGCAAGUCCACAAAAUCCUGACCAGGCUCGAUCACUUGAUAGAUUUAGCAGUUCCUCACUUUCUCACAGUUCAGAAAGCUCAGGAGACACUCAAAGUACAUUUAGAAUUCAACCUAUUCCUGAGAAUGUUGCUCCCUUUCGUUUAGCUGAAUUAUCUAGUACUCUGAAUGUCAACAAUCAGGCUAUCAACUUGUCAUGUAGGAAAGAAAAAAAUGAGUUGGCAAUGCAAGUCAAUUGUACAACAAAUGGUGCUCACUUGCAUGGAUUGCAAGAUAUUCUGAAAGAUGCUAAAACCUCGAAUGUGAAUGUAUUAGUUGAAGAACAAGAUGCUAAUAACUCAAUACGUUUUGACUCUGAUAAGUUUCCUCGACAUGAUGCAGCGAAAGGAAGAGAACUUACAAAUCCAAAUUUAUUAGAAACUUAUGAUUUUGAUAACAAAUCAGUUAGUGUGAAACGUAUCAAAGAUACCAAUCUAACCCAGGAGCAGAGAGAUUGUGAAAAUGCUGAGUCAGGAGGGCUGGACCUUAAAAGAAUAAAGUUAACAGAACAAAACAACUGCCAAAAAGACCAUUUCAACUCAAUCAUGGAUGGAACAGAGGCAGUUAAUGAAGCUCCUGAAAGUACAAAGCAAAUUAAUAAUGAAACAAAUUCACAAUUUUCCAAGAAUACAACAAGGAGUGUUGUGGAUUGUCCAUCAACAGAUUCUUCAUCUUCAACACAACUGACUGAUACUGAAGACUGUGUGGCAAUGGAAUCUUUUCCAGAGAACAAUGAUAACCACAUUGCUCAUCAUAAUGGAAAUGUUGCCAGUCCAAAGGAAGAUGUCAAUGCUGACCACCAUUGGGAGAAACAUUUGUCAUCCAAUAGAAGCUGUGUAGCUGAUACAUUUUUAGGACAAUUUAAAAGCACAGUGGUUUGCUCUGAAUGCAAACACAUCUCUGUUACCUACGAACCGUUUAUGUAUCUUUCUGUACCUUUACCUCAUGCCAUGGAAAGACAAAUAUGUUUAACUUAUGUUCCCUUAGAGACUCGUCCUAUUGUAAAAGUUCUUCUUACAAUGAACAAACAGGAUAAAGUUCGCCAUCUCAGAGAUGCAAUUAUUGCAUUGCGUUUAAAAGAAGGACAUGUUCUUGAUGACGGUGUUACUUUAGUGUUAGCAGAAGUGUUUGAUCAUCACAUUGCAAAGUUUCUCGAUGAUAUAACACCAUUACGAUAUGUAAAUGACACAAAUAGAACAAUUUAUGCUUUGGAAGUAGUUCCUCCACCAGCUUGGUUUGAAAGAACCAAGCAACCAAGUGAAUGCAUGGAGUUGAUUGAUGUACCUGACCCUUUGGAGGAAGAUCUUCCUGUACUAGGUUGUGAACCUCCACCUUUAUCAGUUGAUUCUGAGACUGGAGAAGCUCUUGAAAGCCUUGAUGAUAAGCUUACCGCUGAUUCAGCUGGUGUCUCAGAUCAUGAAGUAACUUCAAGUGAUGAUGAAGACUUGGUAGAUAAGUCAGGAAGUCCCCCUUCAGGGCUCCCAUCUUGCCGUCCUAUAUUUUCACGACAUUCUUCGAUCAGGGUAGAUGUUGUGGCUGAAUCUUACAGCAGUUGCGACAGAGGUGAUGAUUGGAAGAGUUGUGCAAUAUGCUUGGAGGAAAUGAACAAAGACAUGAGAAGGCAUGUAGGUUGUGAAUGUGUUCUCUGUGAAGGAUGUAUUGAGAAUGCUUGCAAACACAAUGGCAGUUCGGACACAAUGCCAUGCCCUAUGUGUAAUCAAAUUGUUAAACCCAAUUCAGAAUUUGUUCGCAUUGAUAAAUUUAUUUCAUCUAAGCCUGCUGUACGGCUUUUGAACGUACCUGUUGUGUUCAGAUUAGAUACCGAAGGAGAUGGAAAUAAUAAUCAGAAAUCCUUAAAACUUUUUGGCCAUCCUAAUGUUUUGAAGCUGCCAAGUGCAAUGCCAGCAACUGAGCUGGCUUCAAUUAUUAAAAGACUGGUUCAUUCUGAUGAUAGUUACACAAUUCUCACUGUCGAUGGUGUUGGUUAUCAUUGCUCUCGCUGUCUGUACACAAAGCAUUGCCGUGGUUGUCCUGUUCCUACUGAUGGAGAAAUUUUGUUACGUCCUGUUGAUACUCUUGCUGUUCGUUUCACGGAAAACAUAACUGAGUCUCAACCCAUUAAUCAUCCCAGUGUGCAAGACAUGAGGAGCCAUGACCCUCUCUCCCUAUAUGACUGUUUAAAAGCAUUUAGUGAAAGUGAACUACUUGAUGAGCAUAAUCCAUGGUUCUGUCCUGUUUGUCAAAAGAAUCAGUGUGCAACAAAAACACUUUCUGUUUGGCGCUAUCCAGAUUUUCUGAUUGUUUAUUUGAAGAGGUUUGUCUUUCAUAAUGGGAUGAGCACAAAGUUGGAUAACAAGGUGACCUACCCUCUUAAUGGUCUUUUAGUAAAUGCACCUUCAAGCAACCAUCAGGUUUCUCCUCACAUUUACAACUUAUACGCGUGUGUUUGUCACUAUGGAGGUGUCUCAGCGGGUCAUUACACUGCCUAUGCUAAACAUCCUGUCAGUUCUGACUGGCACAAUUUUAAUGAUGAUACUGUAAAUCAUCAAAAACCUCAAGAGGAGGACUAUAGCAAUGCAUACAUUCUGUUUUAUCAAAAGCAAGGUGCUGCUUUUCCAGAACUGAAUUUAGAGGAGCCAAUGAAGCCAAACAUUGAUCACUUAAUAGAAAGGCUGGAUUCCACCAUGGACCAAGAUCUGAACCAAGACUCAGGUUAAAGUAGUUUUCUUGUUUUUUUUUUUCUUUAAUCUUUUUGGAAAAAGCAGAGACAUGAUGUACAAUUACAUAAUGUUUAUGAUAGAAUUGUAAUUGUCUAAGCAAAACUUUCCUAAUGUAAUGAAAUUGUAUGGUCUUGUUUUUAUGCUUAAUAUUCAAGCUUGAUGUACUGUUGUUUCAUGUUAUUACGUCAUCACUUAUAUUUUAGGAGUAUGUACCUAAUGUUUCCGUUUACUUGUGUUGAGAGAAAUUUCAAUGAAAUUGAAGUGACUAGGUACACGUUUGUUUAAACAGGAUGAUCUAUUCAUUAUCGUUUGUCAGUUUCAUACUUUGUUAGUAAACAGUAAUGUUUCCCUGUAAUCGUAUCUAUUAAUGUCUAUCUUGAAUACUUAGUAUUUUAUUCAUACACUAAUUGGACCCUCUCAAAGAAAUUUUUCAUUUGGUAAUUGCUAUUAUUGCUGUUUUUGUUUUUUUGUUUUGUUCUAAAAAUAAUAAAAUCAGAAAUGUUCAUUUAGUUGGUUUACAUUAAUGUAUUGGUGUUAUGCUGGUUUUGGUGUGAUUUGUGACAGGUAUUUUCUGCUAAGAUUUCCACCUGCCUGAUCUAUUCAAUAUUUUUUAAUCAAUCAGUAUUCUAUGUUGAUCUUUGGCCAAUUUCGUGCUUUAUGUCUGAAGGAAAGUUGUCUUUCUCAGUUUAUCACUGCCUAAAUCUUUUUAUUUUGCUGACUGCUUUACUGUAUUCAGAAUCUUCAUCGAUUUUCUGAUCAGUUUCAAUUCAGGUAGUAGUUACUGAAAGAAAGCAGUUCUGCAAAGCUGCCCCUGUGAGAUUUGAGUAAUUUUACUUUUUCUGCCAGGUCACUUUCAAUUUCUUUCCAGGAUGCAAGUGAAAGUACCUUCAUUUCUGUCAUGUGCUUUGAACAUUAAAUGAAAUUCAAGCUUCCUCUCUAUUUCCUACUAUUAUUUUAAUGUGUAAUUGUUAUAUUAUGUUCUAGAUCUUUUUUUAAAUGUUUCUUUAAUUUGCAUUGAAAUUUUAUAAUUGCACAGGUACUUGUUUGUAUCUAGUGAAAUUGUUCUUAAGGUGUUUCAUUAAAAAAAAUAUAUAAGCCUGCUGCAAUCAUUCUAAUAGUAACUUUUUGAGUAGUUUACUCACAAUGAGGGAGUAUACUUUGCAUGCAUCUUCUGAAGGGCUCUUGUGAUGGAUGAAGCUUGCUUGUAACAUGAUCAUCAGUUUUAGAUGUGGAAGACAAAAUAUUAGGCUCAUUUAUCUGAAAUUUAUAUCAUCUUACUUGUCAAAACGCUUUUUUCAUUGUUUAUGCCUUACACUCCAGAUCAGAGGUAACAAAAUGUCAAUUUUUUUGUUUUUUUAAUGUAAAGGAAGUUUAAUACUUUGAGCAGUCAAUUUAAUAAUGUUUUCUCUGCUUUUAUUGUAGUUGGGUAGUGGAAAGCAGAACAAAAAAAAACCCUUCAGAAACGGGUUUGAUUUGAAAAUACUAUUUUACUUUUCCAGGAAUUUGUAUUGUAAGUUUUUUAAUGUCCUGUUCUCUUUUGUCAUUUUGUAUGAUUUAAUGUACUUACUACUGUACCACAGAGUGGCAUUUGACAUCAGUUGCAAGUCUGUGAUAUCAUAUCUGUGUGUCUAAUAGUUUCUGAGUAAAGGAGACAAUGAAAUGUA